UCCAACUUUAAGUUAUCAUCAACAAGCUUUUCUGGUAUUAUCUCUGAGCUAAAGCAGUCAUGGUAACGAUGCCAUUUUUAUACCCAAAGGAUCAUUAUUUGGCUGUUCCUCCUCAAGCAAACCGUGGAAUGAACUCAAGGACACUGAGAAAGCUGAAAAAAAGACCUUCUGAAUCCAUUCGGGCAAGUUCUUCUCCAUCUGAGGCUGACACAAGGCACACAAGAACAGGAGAAGGGGAGGAAAAACUAUCUGAUAUCCAGAGGACAAAAAGAAACAUUAUGGAAGAGCCUGAGAAUAUCCCUAAACCAGCUCCCCGGCGGAUCUUCCAUGAGAGACAGAGGGUGACCCGCCUGCCUUUAUACUUGGAAGGUUAUCUGUCGAUCCGGCAUCCAAGACACCAGCAGGAAUUUGAAGUGAAUUGGGCAGAGCUCAGAGGAACUACGCUCUUCUUUUACAGUGAUAAGAAAGCCCCAACAUACUCAAAGAAAUUAGAUAUAGCAUCUUUGAUCUCAGUAACCAAUACCCAUCCAGAUGAAAAUGGCUUUGCACAGUUCAUCCUGAUGCUGUUGAAUGAAGAACUAGAACUGAAGGCAGAGGACAGUGAACUUGGGAAAGAAUGGAAGGGUUUUAUUCUCACUGUAACAAAGAUGUCAGUGCCCCUGGAUGAGUCGUUAUCACCUAGUCAGCUUAUGAGAAUGCAUGAAGUGCUGGAGAAAGAAAAGAAAAGAAGGAUGGUGCUUAACGACCAUUCGAGCGCAUCUGCGGAUGAAGAAAGCUCUCCUCCCAGGAACUAUAGCAGUAUAUUGACCGCUAUGCCAGCGUGUUUCCACGCAGUAUCCCGGCAAGGAGCGAUAGAGAUGUUAGAAAAGAACCCUUCAUAUGGGAAUUUGAUCCUGCGGCCUGGCAGCAGCAGUAAGAACUUCGCAGUCACCAUUCGACAUGUGCUGGAUGCCCCAUUCAUAAAGCACUAUAGAGUAAUGACCAAAGAAAAAGGUUUUGCCAUUCAGCUGGAAAGACAGGUGACAGUGUCGACCCUUCACGACGUCAUCGAUUACUUUGUGACCCAGACCCGACGGCACUUGAAACCCUUUGUCAUACCUGCAGAUGCCUGCACUCUGCAGAGGGCUUCGGGUCUCGAAGCUGUGCCAACUCCAGUGCAGGUGCCAACAGAAACCAAAUGGGAAACUAUCCCCAAUCCAGGAGAAAGACCACUCAGGGCCCCUGUUCCUAACCACCAAGUACCACCGAGUCAGGAAUAUACUGGCCCUACAUCAAGAGCAUCCGGAGCAACAAAGGAGUCUUCCAGAACAGAAAUCAAGAAAAGAACAAGACAGAGGCAAGAGGGGCUGGAAAAGGCAUGA